AUGUCAAAGAUAAAGAAGUAUGAUGCAGCAGCAUUUGAGUACCUGACAAAUAUUGAAGAGCAGUGGACUAGGCACAAGUUUGACAGAGUUGUUUGUUGUGAUCAUAACACAACAAACUUUGUUGAGUCAUUCAACUCAGUUACAAAGGACAACAGAGACAUGCCUGUGUUCACUUUACUGGAAGCUGUCAGGAAUUGGUGCAUGAAAAGAAUGGGUUCCAGGUUUGACAAAGCAAUUGACAUGGACCCUAAUGAGCUGACAAAACAUGCUAAAGAGGUUUUGGAGACAAGAAGUGAAGAGUCAAGGUUGUGCCAUGUAACAGCAGCUGGUGGGAGAGAGUUUGAAGUCAGGGAUGGCCAUGUCAAGUUCCCUGUCACACUCCAGACUAUGACAUGUGGGUGUGGGAAAUGGCAGGGAUCAGGGAUACCAUGCAGGCAUGGUCUUAGGGCCAUCUACAGCCAGAGACUACAUCCAACAGAUUUUGUGUCACCAUACUACAAGGGGGCUGCGUAUAAGAUGACUUUUGGAGACCAUAUCCACCCUAUGGCUGAUCCUACUCAUUGGCCUGUAUUUGAUGUACCUGAAAUUUUACCACCAACUGUCAAAAGAACUGCAGGCAGACCAGCUAAGCAGAGAAGAAGAGCCCCUCAUGAAGCAAGGAAAGGAAAGAGGCACAAGAACAACAAAUGCAGUGUUUGCAAGGAAUUGGGACACAAUGCCUUAACCUGUAAGGCAAGGAAGGAAGCAGCAAAAAAGGCACAAGAUGCAGCAACCUCUUCACAGCAAGCCAAAGGAAGGGGGAGGAAGAGAAAGGCUGAUAGUCAACAACCUUGA